GUUCUGAUCAGAUCACUAUAGCAUGUAGCUGCCAUCAAAAUCAAGUUCUUGUAUAGAUACUUUUUUGUUGUUUUUGUAUAUUUGUAUUUUUUAAAACUUUAUUCAAACAUACAUCCGUCCAAUUUUUGUAAUUUCAUACCAGAACUUGCUUCACGCCGCUUUUGCGCUAUUUCUGAAUAUAUUGGUUAAUAUUACCCCAUCCAAUUAAACCCAUCAGUGAUAGAACUGUUGAAUACUCUAACGUUUAAAAGGUCAGUGAUACCACUGGAACUAAUGUAUGUACAUAUAUAUGUAGAGCCCCAAAAUUUUUCCCUUCACCUAUUUAAAAUAAUUUCAAGAGUAACUGGUAAUGAGGUCCUAAUUAAGAGCGCCUUAAUAUAAACAAAUAUACUAAAUAAAUUAUUUAAUCUGAAGAAAAUCAUAAACACUACCAAUUAUCUCAAACGAUAGUCUCAGGAGAGCAGCUCCAUGAACACACAUCGUAAUGUAUAAUAUAUGAAUGUAUAAGUAUGUACACAUACGGUAAUCAGCUCAUAUACAUGUGUAUAAAUAUAUACUUAUAUCCGAAUGAAAAGUUCGUGCUUCUACUUUGAACCGGUCGCCGAUUGUGGUCAUGUAUUUGUUCUGUACAGUCGCAUUUUUCGCCGCAUAGCUAACUACUGUUCAUUCACGACCAUCACUUCAUUUUACGUUUUCACUUGAAAAGGGCUCGCCGUAAUUAAUUUCUAAAUAGCUGUAAUCGUGAAAUCAUCUAAUAUACCUCUCUACUGAAAUAUGUCAGCGACUGAAGGCAGAGUUAUCACUUGCAAAGCUGCUAUUGCUUGGGAAGCUAAAAAACCGCUUGUCAUUGAAGAUGUGGAGGUAGCGCCACCCAAAUCGCAUGAAGUGCGAAUUAAGAUCAUUGCUUCCGGAGUAUGUCACACCGACGCGUACACUUUAGGUGGAUUUGACCCAGAGGGAGUGUUUCCGGUUAUACUCGGGCAUGAGGGUGCUGGCAUUGUAGAGAGCGUUGGUGAAGGAGUUACUGCAUUCAAGGCGGGCGAUCAUGUUAUUCCGCUUUACAUUCCACAGUGUAAUGAAUGUAAGUUCUGUCAAAGCAACAAAACAAAUCUCUGCCAGAAGAUACGUAUUACACAAGGACAAGGCUUGUUACCAGACGGAACAUCGCGUUUCACAUGUAAGGGAAUGAAGGUAUUUCACUUCAUGGGCACCUCAACGUUCUCACAAUACACAGUGGUCGCAGAUAUUUCGCUUUGCAAGGUGGACAAAGAGGCACCACUUGAUAAGAUUGGACUUCUGGGUUGCGGUAUUCCUACAGGCUAUGGUGCAGCUAUUAACACUGCCAAAGUGGAACCAGGUAGCAUUUGUGGAAUAUGGGGUCUAGGCGCUGUUGGGCUAGCAACUGCUAUGGGAUGCCGAAAAGCUGGUGCUUCUAAAAUUUAUGGCAUCGAUAUUAACCCCGAUAAAUUCGAAAUUGCCAAAAGAUUCGGUGUAACGGACUUUAUCAAUCCCAAAGAUGUGGCCGAUAAAGGACCAAUACAAAAUUAUAUAAUAGACCUUUUGGAUGGUGGUUUUGAUUACACUUUUGAAUGCAUUGGAAACGUAAACACCAUGCGUGCUGCAUUGGAGGCGACUCACAAAGGAUGGGGUACAUCUGUUAUUAUUGGCGUUGCAGCUGCUGGUCAAGAAAUCAGUACGCGUCCAUUUCAAUUGGUUGUUGGUCGGACAUGGAAGGGUACAGCUUUUGGCGGUUGGAAAAGUGUUUCAGAUGUGCCAAAAUUAGUACAGGAAUAUUUGAGUAAAGAACUGUUGGUCGAUGAAUUUAUCACGCACACUAUGAACUUGGAAGCCAUCAACGAAGCGUUUGAUUUGAUGCAUGCCGGAAAAAGCAUCCGCGCAAUUGUAAAAUUGUAGAAACAUUAAUGGAAAAUUUUUAAUAAAGCAGAAAUAACUAUAUUAUUUUA